AUGGCGCUCUUGCAGACCUCACUCAUCUGGAUUGUAUAUGCGGUGGUAGUAGUUAUCCUACUAGCAGUCGCAUCGGUGUUUAUCUAUGUCUAUCAAACGCCCCGGGAUCGCUCACCCUCGGUUACCCUGACUUGCAUUAUUUCAAUUACUAGUCUUCUGGCAACAGUACUCUUGCUGCCAGUGGAUGUCGCUUUAGUGUCGUCGACCACAUCGUCCAAGCUGGGCCAACGAAAGGAUUGGGCAACGCAAGACGUCGUUGACAGAAUUACCUAUUCCUUGACCAUCAUCUACUAUCUUCUCUACUCUCUGGAUGCUCUCCUCUGUCUUUUGGUUAUACCUUUCACAUACUUCUGGUACGAGGAAUAUGAUGAGGUCGCGACUGAAACGGGGGAGCAAACGGUGGGCCAGCGGAUUUGGGGUGCCUUGAAAUAUACCCUAUCAUUCGUUGCUAUCGUGGUGAUCCUAUUCCUGGUUGGAUUCUUCGUUCCAGUAUCACAGGGAAAGAGUGAUAUGGACCUGGAUUACUUCAGACGCCUCCUAACCGAGAACCAUGGCGAGCGUGCUUUGACCUUUGCUCUGGGGUUGCUGAUGACGAUUGGGCUCUGUCUCUAUGUCUUAUAUACUUCGGCCGGUUUGGCUCUCCUUCCAAUCAGCUUGAUCAAGACGGCGCCAUCAAUCUCCAGUGCUACCUUGCGAGCGAGUACCAGACAACAACUGGAGACAAACCGAGAGCGGCAACGGCAACUCGAGGGACGAUGCGCCGGAAACCCCGAGCUUCUGUCUUCCAAAGACCGUCGGGAACUGGAUACAUUGACGCGAGAAGAGAGGACCCUGAGUCGACGCCAACGUUUAGCUGAAGAAUCCCAAGGCGAGGGGCGGAGCUGGUUGAUGAAGGCAAAGAACUCGAUUUGCAAGCAUCGUUGUGGAUAUAUUCUUGCACGCGUCAAUAUCUUUAACCCUGUCAACUGGGCGCUUGUUCAGUCCGCCAAGGUCUUCCCCAUUGACUAUGCUAUCUUCACCGUGCUUGUGUUACUGUUUUUCUGCAGUUCCGUUGUUGGGAUUGCUGUGGUUGGAAUUCGCUUUCUUUGGAUCAGAAUCUUCCAAAUUCGCAAUGGCCACACAUCUCCCCAGGCACUGCUUCUAGCGACUGCCAUGUUGAUGUUGAUAAUCCUGGCGCUCAAUUAUUCCAUCUCGAUGGUAGUUGCGCCUCAGUACGCCACAUUCGGUCCACAAACAUUUUGUGAUCGUGCUCCUGGGUUGUUCCUUGGGAAGCCGGAUUGCUCAGACAGCAAAGAACUUAUCAAGCCAUGCUCUGAGUUAGCGAAGAACCCUGACGCACAGCAAGUCUGUACUCCCAGCGUCGUGAGCACUUUCCUUAAUCGGGUCACUCUAAACUAUCCGUUCUUUGGAGUCGUGUUCUUCUGGGCCCAGUUCCUUUUCCUAGGCUUGUAUCUCAUUGUUUUCGUCACUUCCCUGCUCCGCUCCCCGAAACUGGAUGAGAGGCAGCUGGAUGAAGACGCUGAGGAGGCUGAAGAGGAAGGCCUACUGGCCAAUACUGGCAGACGUUUCAAUGCCAGCUGGCAAGAUAUCACAGGUAGAGCUGCUAGGAGCGAACUCUCGCACAGCUAA